AUGUACAAGAGUAGUCAGUCACUUGACACACUUGUUUCGAAGGAUAAUUCGCAAUCAAAAUGGUGGCGAAAUUCUCAAUAUCGGACCAUCUUCAUUUUUCUCACCAUCAUCUUAGCAUUACUCAUUAUUAUACUAUCGCUAAUGCUUAAAUACAUGGUUUUCGCACCGAUGAAACCUGAAACUAUCGUGACAACAAUACCAGACGGUACACAUCAGUGGAAAUGGAGUGCCACUCACAAGAAUAUGAACGUCGGUCGAAAAUUCCAUACAGCAUCCGUAUUGAAGAAUGGAAAAGUUUUAGUUAUCGGUGGUUUUUAUCAUGAUAUUCUGAAUAGUGUUGAAUUGUACGAUCCGUUAAAAGACAGUUGGUCAUCUGCGAUUUCGAUGACUUAUGGACGGUACAUGCAUACAGCAUCUCUUUUGACUGAUGGAACAGUAUUGGUCAUUGGCGGUAAUGACGGUUAUACUGGUCAGAAUAGCACCGAACUGUACGAUCCAUCCACAGAAACGUGGACGACAGUGGACAGCAUGAAUCACGGUCGAAUAAAGCACACGGCAUCGGUUUUGAAAAACGGGAAAGUAUUAGUUACCGGUGGAAAACACGGAGAUGAUUAUCAUAGAAGUGCUGAAUUGUAUGAUUCAUCAACAAAAGGUUGGACAAGUGCUGGUUAUAUGAGCGAUGCUCGUGUAGAACACACUGCAACGAUGUUAAACAAUGGAAAAAUAUUACUAACGGGUGGACAUAAUCUUCGUGCAUUGAAUACUGCUGAACUGUAUGAUCCAUCGACAGGAAUUUGGACAACUACUGGCAGCAUGAAUCAUGCGCGAUAUUCUCACACAGCAUCUCUUUUGACCAAUGGAAAAGUCUUAGUAGCCGGUGGUCUUAAUUCCAAUGGAGCUUUGGACAGUGCUGAACUAUAUGAUCCUUCAACGGAAAUCUGGACGACGACGGCAAAUAUGAAUUACACACGAUGGUAUGCUACAGCAUCGGUAUUAGCAAACGGGAAUGUAAUGGUAACUGGAGGAGCCAAUGAUCACGUAUUGAACACUGUGGAACUAUAUGAUCCUUCAGUGCAGACUUGGACGACUGUUCACAACAUGAACGGUGCACGACAUUUGCAUACAGCGUCCGUGCUAAAAAACGAUAUGGUGAUAGUAAUUGGUGGACGAAAUUCUGAUAUAACUUUGAAUACUGCUGAGUUUUAUUCAUUAGUUUAA